CCGGCCCCAUGGCUCUAUUCCCGGCCUUCGCGGCCGCCGGCGAAGCCGCCGAAACCUCCGCCGGCGGCGCCUCACGGCGAGAAUUAGACUGGUUGAGCAAUCCAAGCUUCUGUCCUGAAGUUGCACCACUCCUGCACCAACAUGCUGAAGAGACUGCAGUUCUUCUUCCUAAGGGAUCACCACCCAUAAGGCAUCCUUUGACAUCAGAGUUACCAGAAGACAGUGAUGCUAACAAAGAGCUCAGACACAUCAGUAAGAAACAGAAGAAAGAGAAAAAGAAAAGGAAAAAGCAUCGGCACCACAAGAAAACCAGGAAAAAUCAUGAGCAAUCGAGUAGCAGCGAGUUUGAUGCAGACUCUGACUUUGAAAAGUACAAAGCUACAAGAAGCAUCAGGGAUAGUCAAAAGAAAUUGGAGGAACCAAAUCAGGAAAGUGAAGCUGCAGGUGUUGUUGGAAGUCACCUUGUUUGGCUUGAAGAUGUUCAGGCUCUGACUGCAGAAACCUUCAGAAUAGAUAAGAAGCCUGAUCCUGCAAACUGGGAGUACAAGUCUCUCUAUCGAGGGGACAUAGCAAGGUUCAAGAGGAAAGGAAACUCCUGCCUUGGCAUCAAUCCUAAGAAGCAAUGCAUAUCUUGGGAGGGUGCUACUACCAAAAAGAAACAAUCACACAAACAAGUUGACCGUUAUUUCACAAAGAGUAGUGUGCGGUUAUUAAGCACUGAUGGAGUUGCUCUUUGCAGCAAAAACAAAACUCUUCCACCUGACCCAGGCUCAUUCAUUGCAGUAAAAGAAACGGAAGAGGUGCCUUCACCUGCCACAACAUGUGUGAAUCCUCUUGGAAUUUAUGAUAAAUCAACUACAUUAUGGUUGCAGGGGCGGGGUCCCCAAGAGAAUGAAGCACAGGAGCCAGUCCCACAAAAGGAUGAUGCAAACUCACAUCUAGGAGCAAAAGUGGAAGAAUUUAACAGGAAGGUCCGAGAGAACCCCAUGGAUAUUACAUUAUGGAUGGAAUUUGUUUCUUUUCAGGAUGAGUUGAUGAAAGGAACCAGCCUGUAUACCACUGGUGAGGGCAAGCAGACCAGCAGGAAAAAUUCACUCAAGUUCAUCCUUGAAAAGAAAUUGGCCAUUUUAGAGCAUGCCAUUGAAAGCAACCCGACUAAUAUAGAUUUGAAACUUGCUAAGCUUAAACUCUGCACAGAACUAUGGGAACCAUCUACUCUGAUCAAAGAAUGGCAGAAACUGAUUUUUUUACAUCCCAAUAAUGUAGCCCUAUGGCAGAAGUACCUCCUAUUCUGCCAAAGCCAAUUCAGCACCUUUUCAGUAUCUAAGAUUCACAGUCUCUAUGGGAAAUGUUUGAGCACUUUAGCAGCAGUUCAAGAUGGUAGCAUUGUAUCUCAUCCUGCACUGCCUGGCACCGAAGAAGCUAUGUUUGCACUCUUCGUUCAACAGUGUCAUUUUCUUAGACAGACUGGCUACUCGGAGAAAGCAGUUUCUUUGUUUCAAGCAAUGAUUGACUUUACUUUCUUCAAACCUGACAGUAUGAAAGAUUUGUCCACAAGAAGACAGGUGGAAUUCUUUGAACCUUUUUGGGACAGUGGAGAGCCUCGGGUAGGAGAAAAAGGAGCAAGAGGCUGGAGAGCGUGGAUGCAUCAGCAAGAGAGGGGAGGCUGGAUCGAGGUCAAGCCUGAUGAGGAUGAAGAUGAUGAUCCAGAAGAAGAUGAUGAAGAAAUAAAGGAUAAAACUCUACCCAAGUGGCAGAUCUGGUUAAAUGUUGAACGUUCUCGUGAACUAAGACACUGGCUACCCUGGCGCCCAGACAAAACCAAAAAGCAGACUGAUGAGGACUGCGAAGACCCAGAGAGGCAGGUAUUAUUUGAUGAUCUUGAGGAGUCUUUGAUCCAACUCUCUAGCCCGGAGCUCAAAUUUCAGCUGAUUAUUUCAUUUCUGCAAUUCUUGGGAGUCCCUUCCAAAUAUGAGCUCUCUACUUCGUGCCUCUAUCUUGCAAUGGAUGAAAGCAGCGUCUUUGAAAAUGGACUUUCCGAUGACAAGCCGCUGACUUCCCUUGACCUACUGUUUUCUGGAGUUAGUUGCAUAGGCCACAUGGACGUGAUGAACAGAAGGCAACAACUCAUGGGCCAUUGUAGAGAAGGAGAGGAGUUCAUUCAGAAUGUCUUCUGUGUAAUAUUGCCUCUGUUCUCAGGAACUGAAAGAUCUCAUCUCUGCUUCUCUUGGUUACAGUAUGAAAUAUCUAAGGUCACAUGGAAUCUCCAAAUUAAAAACAAGAAAAAACUGAAGUUCCAAGGAAAAAAAUGCAAAAAGCUAGCCAAGAAUCUUCUUAAGGAACCUGAGAACAGAAACAACCUCUCCCUCUGGAAACAGUUUGCCCAUCUAGAAUGGUUACUUGGGAACACAGAAGAUGCUAGAAAAGUUUUUGAUACAGCAAUCAGCAUGAUAGGAACAGAAAAAUUAAAAAAUUCAAGUCUUUGUGACCUGAGCCUGCUUUAUGCCCAACUCGAAGCGGAGCUGUUGGAGAAUCUAGACGGAACUGUCACUUCCCGUGCAGUUCACAUCCUAACACACUUGACUGAAAACGGACCAUUUAGGCCUUAUUCUGGACAGGUGCUAGCAGUGAACAUCUUGAAAGCCCGCAAGGCCUACGAACAUGCCCUUCAUAGCUGUUGGAGCACAAAUUUGGUUUCUGACUCUUCACCUAAUUGUCCGAGUCUUCUGGUUAGUUUGGUUGGCUGUUUUGCAGUUUUCCAAUAUUUGACAGUAGGGAUUGAUGCUGCUGUGGUGAUAUACAAACAGACUUCCGAAAAACUGAAAGAACUGGUUUCAGAGAAAUUCCCAAGCCCAGGAGAAGGCCUAGGAGUCACUGGCCUCACCCGUGUUCUUGAAACUGUCACACUUAUGCAUACAAACCUACUCAGGUAUCACAUGAAAGUUAGUAUUUACCCCCUGAAUCCUUUGCGAGAGGCACUCACGGAGGCUAUAAAGCUGUAUCCAGGCAACCAUGCUCUUUGGAGGUCAUAUAUACAUAUCCAAAACAAGUCUCAUAGUGCUAGCAAGACAAGAAGAUUUUUUGAUGAUAUCAACAGGUCUACUAAAUCUCUGGAGCCAAUGUUGUUUGCAAUCCAAGCUGAGAAAAUGAGAAAGAAGUUGGUGGAAACUGUUCAAAGGGUAGAUUCUGGAGAAAUACAUUCAACCAUUCCUGAAACUGGACUAACAAAUCGAAUCAAAGUCUUAUUUGAAAAUGCAACUCAGGAAGAGAGUGGCACACACUGCCCAUUGUUAUGGAGGAUGUACGUGCACUUUUUGGUAUCUUUAGGAGAUAAAAAAGGCACAGGCAUAUUCUACAAGUCACUGCAGAGCUGUCCUUGGGCAAAGGUGCUGUACCUGGACGCGGUGGAGUAUUUUCCUGAUCAGCUCCAAGUGAUACUUGAUCUAAUGACAGAGAAGGAGUUAAGAGUAAGACUACCACUAGAAGAGUUGGAACUGCUGCUAGAAGAUUAAAAAGAAUGUUACCAAUUUCAUGUUUCCAAGGUGAAGACAUCACUAUCUCACAAUCCAGUGGACUGCAUGGUACUGUUUGAGAGACUCUUGUUAGCCUGGAAAAAUUUGUUGUUUUAAUAUAGCACAAGACAGAGAGCAGGAUUUUGCCCAUUUUAGCCAACUGGUAAAAAGAACAACAAAAAAAAAUUGAAGUUCACAUAAAGAUCAUUAUGCUUUAAAACCAUUUGUUUAUGUACAGGGAGCCUAUGCUGAAAUGCUUACUGAUGGUUGAAACCAUUUGUGGUUGGAUUGUGCUUUUGUUAGGUUCCAUUCUAAUAACUUCUGUUUAGUACGGUUCAGGCUCAGCCGCAGAGCAGUGGACCCUAUUUCAUUCAUUCGAUCGUAUUUGAGUGCCUACUUUGUGCAGAGCACUGUACUAAGCGCUUGGGAAGUACAAAUUGGCAACAUACAGAGGUGGUCCCUACCCAAUAUCAAGCCAAAGGUGCUUGUGUCUUGCAGUCUGCACUAGAUUAGGAAUUAGUUGAAAUUAUAGGAAAUGAGCCAGUUGUUCCCCCUGAAGGAGUCUCUUAAUAGGUCAGAGAGCACUUCACCUCAGGGGAAGCGGAAAACCAUUAUCCUUAAUGACAUUUAUUGAGUGCUUACUGUGUGCAAAGCACUGUACUAAGCGCUUGGGAAAGUACCACACAACAGAGUUGGUAGACACCCUCCCUGCCCUCAACGGGCUUACUCAGUGAAAGCUGUUUGCCCAGGGGCCUGAAUGGGUUUCUGGAAAGGUCAAGAAUGCCAACUCCCCUUAGUCCUGCAAAAUCUCUCAGCCAAGAAGAUGCCCCAUUUAGGGAAUGCUGACUUAUGUAUGUCCUGUGAAUGAAGGCAUUUAGAAUUUUUAGAGUUACUUCCUAUAGCACUCAAUAACUUAGGCAGCAUUAUUUUAUUUCUAUCUAAAAGGCUGUGAAAAACUGUAAAUAUUGCAAUGUAAAAGUUUAGAGACUUAAUAUUUUUUACACUUUUUAAAAUUAAAGUACUUCCAUGCAGUAAUUUGAAAACAUGUAUAGUUUAGUACUAGUUACUCUGUGGCAUCUUAUAUAGUCCACCACCUGCUUGCCUCUUUUUUUACAAUCUUUAUUGGGUAAAAACAAAACAACUAGUAAUGCUGUUCUUUACCCUGGGAGUUUGCAUUUAUGAAAUCUUUCAUUUAAUUAUUGUUUAUAACUUACAAGAAAUGUAUUUGUGGCCAGAGGAGAUUAGGCUUUUGUUGAUUUAAGUCCAGUAGCGCCAACCUAAAAUGACAGACAUCCCACCCCUUUGGGGCUCAUGGCUAGGGUCUGGCACCAUGUUCUAUAGAGACCACAAAAAGCUGAAAACCCAAACAUUUCUAAUUCUAGCUCUCUGAGGGCCUAAGAAAAAAUACGUAACCUCACAGGCCUGAGGGUUGUCUAUGUCGGGGAGUCAUAAUCGGUAAUGUUGCCUCAGUGCUGGAUGAGGAAGCUGCUAGGGAGCAAAGGAGACCACUGAACUUCUCACCAAAAUUGGCUAUUGGCUGUCAGUAAUGUCAGGCAACUGUACUAAGUGCUUGGGUGGAUACAAGCAUACUGUUAAUUGACUGUUUAAUGACAAAUCUAGGUCACCUUAGACUUAAAGAUUAUACUGAUGGUGACAUUAGGCCAAAACCAAAGCACUAACCAUCACUUCCGCAUCUUGUAUGUGAAAGUCAGCCUCUUACUGCCUAGUACAUUUUUUUUUUUUACUUCCAGUGCCUCCUGCUAGGGACUUCUCAUCACUCCAGUCCUAAGGCACUCACCUCAUUGCUGAAGCCACACAACUGGCAACGGAUCACCUGUGCUGGCCUGGUUUCAUUGUAUCUUGAAAAGCUUCUCUUCUGUUACCCUAAUUUCACCUCACCAAAGAGAGGCUGGUUAGGCAUC